GUUUGUGAAGAACUGUGGACGUGAAAUGCGGACGUGAGACUGUUGUGCGCGGUAUAAUGAUACAAGCAUCUGAUUGAAGGAAUAGCAAAGAAAACGGUUUGUGCGGUAUAGUGAAGUAAGCGUUGGUCAUUGAACUACCAACUGCGUUUCUAAUAAACAAGAAAUAGAUAAUUGCUAUAAGCAGCAGUCGCAGCGAAGACAUUCACAUUCACAUAGUUACGAUUACGUAUACGCCGCGUUACCUUGCAAAAAGCAAAGCCAUUCGCAAUCUGUUGUGCGAAUGCCGUAUGAAAUGAUGCCAGUGUGCCUGUGAGAUACUUGUUGAAUCGUUGAAUCGUUGAAUCGUUUAAUCGUUGAAUUGUUGUAUGAGCACAGCUGUUGGCCUAUUUCAAACCGAACAUGUGCAGUAGUCGACAGCGCAACAGGCAACAGGCAUGAGGCAUGAGGUGGCGGCAUUAUCUACGUAGUUAGCAAGACUUUUCUAACUUAUCUUCGCUAAUCUGUGCAGCCAACAAUAGAACGCGCCACCACGUACUUUAGCCAACGCGUUACUGUGUUCGAAUUGGCAAGACCCAAGAGCCAAGAGCCAAGAGCCGAGAACCGAGGCGGAGAGCGAAAGACACGGCGUCGAGUGCGCAUGUAGUGAUUCAUGCACACCGAUAAACUCACAAACAGACGUCGAAUUCGUUCUGCUUGAAAUUUUUUCACUUCAGUUUUCUUUGUUUUAGCGAUUUUGUUGCUUUCGUGCUUUUCAGUGUCAAGUUUACGCAUUUUCGGCUUCCUACAAAAUAAAAACAAAUUAAAAACAAAAUAAAACAAAACUGAAUCAAAAUUGAAAAUAAUUUAAAUUUUACGCGGGAACCGCUCGAGUUUCUAUCAUCUCGAAUAACUCGAACUUAACAAGAUGGGCUAUGAUGAAGUAAUUGGUUACUUAGGCGAUUUCGGCAGAUAUCAAAAGCAGAUUUACUUUCUUCUCUGCCUUCCCGCGAUAUCGUGCGCUUUUCAUAAGCUAGCUGGUGUUUUUCUAUUGGCGAAACCAGAUUUCCGUUGUGUGCUGCCCUUUGAACACGAGCAAAAUGUCUCUUAUGAACUGCCAGCGCAUAUAUGGAAGUUAUCCUAUCCACCAACAGAAUUAGGGGACAAAUUCCAGACUUGUGAGUACUACAAUGCGAACUAUACGUUUGACUAUUUGAACGGCAGCACGCCGAAUAGUGCCAAUGGCACUGCGCAAUGCAGCGCUUAUGUGUAUGACAAGUCUCAGUACGAGAACAGCGCAGUGACUGAAUGGAACAUGGUGUGUCAUCGCAGUUUACUGGCAGCGACUAGUGACUCCUUGUUUAUGGUUGGUGUCUUGCUGGGGAGCAUUAUUUUUGGUCAGCUCUCCGAUAAGUAUGGACGUAAACCCAUAUUUUUUGCUUCACUUGUCAUUCAAGUGAUAUUUGGCAUAUUGGCUGGCAUAGCACCGGAAUAUUUUACUUACACUAUAUCUCGCAUGAUUAUUGGCGCUACUACUUCUGGCGUGUUUCUUGUGGCAUAUGUGAUAGCCAUGGAAAUGGUGGGCCCUUCAAGGCGUCUCUUUGCUGGCGUUGCGUGUCAAAUGUUCUUUUCGGUUGGUUUUAUGCUGACUGCAGGAUUUGCUUAUUUCAUACAUGACUGGCGUUGGUUGCAGAUUGCACUGACAUUACCUGGUUUAGCUUUCAUGUGUUACCAUUGGAUUAUACCAGAAUCUGCACGUUGGUUGCUGUCUAAAGGUCGUAAAUCAGAGGCAGUUGUUGUUAUACAGAAAGCGGCUAAAGUAAAUGGAGUCGUAAUACCAUCAGAAGUUUAUGACAAUCUCAUCGAUGAAGAGGAAGAAAAAAAGAAGCAAGAAACAAAAGAUCCAAAUGAAAAAGCACCAAAUGUAUUCGAUCUGCUGAAGUAUCCGAAUUUGCGUCGUAAAACGUUGCUCAUAUUUUUCGAUUGGUUUGUGAACAGUGGCACAUAUUAUGGGCUCUCCUGGAAUACUAAUAAUUUGGGAGGCAAUGUGCUAUUAAAUUUUAUGAUCUCUGGUGCCGUUGAGAUUCCGGGAUAUACCUUUUUGCUUUUUACACUGAACAGAUGGGGACGACGUACAAUACUUUGUGGUUGCAUGUUGGCUGCGGGAGUAGCGUUAUUAUUAACUGUUAUAGUGCCUGCUGAUACGAACUGGCUGAUUAUAGCGCUUGCUAUGUUUGGAAAAUUAGCUAUCACUGCCGCUUAUGGAACAAUUUACAUUUUCUCCGCUGAACAAUUUCCAACAGUGGUGCGCAAUGUAGGUUUAGGUGCAUCGUCAAUGAUGGCGCGGGUUGGUGGCAUUUUGGCUCCCUACUUGAAUCUACUUGGUCAAAUUUGGCGUCCACUACCUCUGAUCAUUUGUGGUGCUCUAGCAUUUACAGGUGGUUUGCUGUCGCUCUUGCUACCAGAGACGCACAACAAGCCUAUGUUGGAAACAAUCGCGGAUGGGGAGAUGUUUGGUAAGAAGCAACGUAAAUGCGAUGUCGCUGAAAAUGGAGAGGAGCUAGCAGUCAUUAUGGCGGGUAAAAAUGGAAAGCCAAACGGAGAAGCGGCUUAAUUGAAGACAGAAGAAGAAGCGGCCUGCACAAGAAUUAUACUACGAUUUUAUUUUUUUAUUUAUAAUAUAUUUGUAAUCUAUAUUUAGUUAUAUUUGUACUUACGUUUGCACUAUACGUGUUUACUUGAUGAGAAAACAAUUCAGAGCGAAUUUUUAAAUUUAAUUAUUUAUGAACUGGGCUAGGUAGGCAUUAGAGAUUUAAUUUAUUCAUCAUUAUUAAUUCCUAUAUUAAGCACACAAUUAUUUACAUUCAAUUAUUAUUUACAAAAUGUUUGUCUGCUUAUCAGAUGUUAAUUAAUAUUAAAAGUCAACAUUAAGACAAUAAAGCUAAACCAAAGCGCAACAAACUAAGAUAUUUCAUAUACAAAAAUAUUAUAUUAAGUAUGUGGCUGAGUGUGUAUAUUUUUACUUAUCAGUACGAACUGCAGUAAAUAAAUACAUUUAGCAUUUAUAUUUAUUUAUAUAUAUAUUAAUAUAUUUACACAAGUAUGGGUACAAAUUCACUGAUAACAGCAGCCUCAUGUUUACAGCAGAAGAUGUCCACAAAUCUCACUGAGCACAAAUGGUAAACAUUUAAAUAAGUUGUAUUUUUUUUAUAUAAUCUAUAUGGAUAUUAUUUUUAUACAAACAAAAUG